AUGAAGGUGGCGUCCUCAGCUUUAUUGGUGGUGCUUGGCACCAUGGCCUCAUCGGUAUGCGGGAAGACUCUCACGGCAAAUGAGAUUGAGAAAAUGGAGAAUAACACAUUGUUCACUCUGGCACGAUGGAGACCAUCUUCUCACUUCCUUGCCCCAGCAGGAUGGAUGAAUGAUCCUUGCGGACCAAUGUACGAUCCAGUUCGGAAUCUCUAUCAUUUGCAUUAUCAGUUUCAUUCCAAUCAUAUUGAAUGGGGAAAUGUCUCUUGGGGCCAUGCCACAUCUCCAGAUAUGAUCACGUGGACUGAUGUCGACCAUUACCCUGAGGACGAUCUCCCAGCGUGGAAGGAUUACCAAGCCCAAUCCAUUGGAACCACUAAUCUGACAAGCAAUCAUCAUGUCCCAGCUCUUUACAAUCAUCUCUCAAUCUUCUCGGGUAGUGCAUAUGCCGUGAACUUGACAGGAGGUGUCGAUGGUACAAUCUUGGCUUUCUAUACUGCUGCCUCUGAGCUCCCAACCGCAUGGGACGAGACUUAUCUUUCAGGCACAGAGAGCCAGGCGUUAGCCAUCUCAAAGGAUGGGGGUGUGACAUGGGAGGAUUAUAAGAAUAAUCCAAUUCUCAGCGAUCCGCCCGGAGACUGGAACAUCACCGGUUGGCGUGAUCCAUUCUUUCUGCCAUGGCCACAGCUUGAUACAUCGCUGAACCUGACAGAGCCUCACUGGUAUGCUGUUUGGGGUUCUGGUAUCCGAGGUAUCGGGCCGCGUAUGCCGUUGUAUCGAGCCCCAGCGUCUGAUCUGACCAGCUGGACAUUUUUGGGUGCUCUUUGGGAACCAGAGAAGAAUACUUCACUUGGCACGCUCGAGGAAACCGGCUCUUAUGGAUUUAACUUCGAACUUUCCAAUUUCUUUUCGAUUGAAGAUCGAUAUUUUGUGAGUAUGGGAGCCGAGGGGGGUAAUGUGAGCUUCCAUCGGAACAAAUGGUCAUUGUGGAAUGAGGGAACUGUCUCUGUCCGUGAGAACGGUAGUAUUGCAUUCGAUCCUAUUUCUGGAGGAGCAAGUGACUAUGGUCUCCUAUACGCAAUCAACUCAUUCGAUGAUGCUAAGAACAAUCGUCGUAUUCAGUGGGGAUGGGCUCAAGAGGAUACAAAUGACUUUGGAGCCACCCAAAUCGGCUACCAAGGAGCUCUUUCACACCCGCGAGAGAUUUUCAUUAAGAACACCUCAGGUGUCGCUCAUGACCCCUCAGAUAUGACGCCAAAGAGUGCUCGUUAUUUUCAAAACACCGAUGGUAGCUGGACUGCCAGUACUCUCGGCGUCCGUCCCGCUCCAGAUGUGAUUCAAGGCCUGCACCAAGGCGCGCGCCACAUCAAGUAUCCAUGCAGUAAGAGCAAGUGUGACACAACGAGAUUCGUGCUGCCAAGUAAUCUCACCACCUCAUAUCAUCUCAAUCUGACCAUUGCACGAACUACGGGCGUGGCUGGAGUCACUGUUGGCGCAUCUCCAGGGCGUGAGGAGUACACCGACAUUUAUUAUGAUCCUUCGACUAACAAUAUCGUUGUUGAUCGUACGCAUUCUUCUCUGAUCAAGAACUUUACCACCACGUCCCAUAUCGGCUUCUUUGAGCCUUACCAGAUCAAACAAAAGAAUCGUACUGAUCAAACUGAACCUAUCCAAAUGAACUUGUUCAUUGAUGGUUCUCUUGUGGAGGUAUAUGUCAACGAUCGUUUUGCUUUGACCAGCCGGAUAUACCCCAGUCGUGAUGAUAGUACCGGCAUCUCUCUCUUUGCAGCAGAUGACACUGAGUUCACGUUGACCAAUAUUGAGAUCUGGGAUGGAUUGUUGAACGUUUGGCCAGAGAGACCCCAAAACAGUAGCUCUUUGCUAAUAUGGGAUACUGCGGCUGCCACGGGGAACUAUACAUGGUGGACGGGGAACUAG